CCCUCUCUCGCCCAGAGCUGCAGCCUCCCGCGCCGAGCGCUGAGUCCGGCACAGGCCCGGUGGCCAUGGACGCCACCGAACCCUGGAGCCCCAGUCCGGGAGCGGCGUCCGAAGACUACUCUGGGGACUACUCAGGUGUUGGCACCUUGGAGGAGCUGGAGCUGUGUCCCAUCCGGGACCUGCCCUACAGCUACGCCUACAUCCCCGCGCUCUACCUGGUGGCCUUCGCGGUGGGCCUGCUGGGCAACGCCUUCGUGGUGUGGCUGCUGGCCAGGCGGCGGGGCCCGCGGCGACUCGUGGACACCUUCGUGCUGCACCUGGCCGCUGCCGACCUGGGCUUCGUGCUCACGUUGCCACUGUGGGCCGCGGCGGCGGCGCUGGGCGGCCGCUGGCCCUUCGGCGAGGGCCUCUGCAAGCUCAGCUGCUUCGCGCUGGCCGGCACGCGCUGCGCAGGCGCGCUGCUGCUCGCGGGCAUGAGCGUGGACCGCUACCUGGCCGUGGUGAAGCUGCUCGAGGCGCGGCAGCUGCGCACCCCGCGCUGCGCGCUGGCCUCGUGCUGCGGCAUCUGGGCGCUGGCGCUCCUGGCCGGCCUGCCCUCCCUGGUCUACCGGGGGCUGCAGCCCUUCCCCGGGGGGCCGGGCAGCCAGUGCGGGGAGUUGCCCAACGACGCCUUCCAGGGCCUCAGUCUGCUGCUGCUGCUGCUGACCUUCGUGCUGCCCCUAGGCGUCACCCUCUUCUGUUACUACCGCAUCUCGCGCCGCCUACGCCGGCCGCCGCAUCUGGGCCGGGCCCCGAGGAACUCUCUGCGGAUCAUCUUCGCCAUUGAGAGCACGUUCGUGGGUUCCUGGCUGCCCUUCGGCGCCCUGCGGGCUGUCUUCCAUCUGGCGCGUUUGGGGGUGCUGCCGCUGCCGUGCCCCCUGCUGCUGGCGCUGCGCUGGGGCCUCACUAUUGCCACCUGCCUGGCUUUUGUCAACAGCUGCGCCAACCCGGUCAUCUACCUCCUGCUGGACCGCUCGUUCCGCUCCCGGGCGCGGCUCCGGGCCUGUGGGGGCGCCGGCCGCCUGGCGCGCAGGAUCAGCUCGGCCUCCUCGCUCUCUGGGGACAGCAGCUCCGUCUUCCGGAGCACAUCCUGCAGCUGGGGUCGGGCCCAGCAGGCGCACCCAUCCUCGGCAGCCCUGUAGCUGUUCCCGGGCGGUGGAGAUAGGGGACAGCGGAGCACCGACAGGAAGGAGACACAAGGGAGGUGGGCUGGAUUCCCCAGACAUGCCUAUUCUUGUGGCAGCAAGCGGCACCAGCCGCACUGCCCCCUCCUACUGCCUGGACGUUCAGGGCCUCCUCCUUCAGCUUUCCCAGAAUCACGGAACUAUUAGGACUCCCCCAAAUCAGGCUACUGAGACCACUUGUUCUCUCAGCCCAGUGGGCACCCCGGCUAUUUUUCCCCCGUCCAAGAAAGGUCCUAGGAGUUUCUAGAUUGCCCACAGGUUCACCAAGUAGAGGGAAGAGAAGUGGAGGGUUUCCUUCUCUGCUCCAUCUGGAAUAGCACAGGCCAGAAUACCAAACCCAGGCUUCUCCAGGCCACUGUUGGUUCCAGCUAUGCUUUAUCUGGUCCCCUACAAUAGACUUUGCCUACUGAGAAAAACCUCCUAUUCAUACCCUCUGGCCCUCUAAAAAAACUCAGAAUUAUUCCCUAGAACACGGGAAUCGACAGCCAUUUUGUGCACAAUCACCUUUGUCACUGCAUUUGCUUUAUCAUUAGUCACCAUCGUUUCAGACAUUCAUCUUCAAAGCUCACAAAAGCCAAGGGAACCAGCCCCAGUGCGAGCAACCCAACUUAUUCCUCCCCAUGGCUUCCCAGAAGUAAUAAGCCUGCACUGAAUUUGUACCUAGUGUCCCUUCUCCCCACUGUGGCUGUAUCCCUCCAAACUGAAGGACUCACCCUGGAAGUUGUCCUGGCCCUUUCCUCUGGGCAGAGGGCUCUGAGAUCUCUCACCCAGUGUUCAGCCAGGGACCCCAGAAUCCUCCAUGUGAGCUCACCCU